AAAUCUAUAAGGAAUAGUGACAAACACGUCCGAUUGAACCGUUUGGGUUCACUCCAGUCACUGCCCCAAAUCCAAACGCAGAGUUUGAUCGAUAAUCAUGGUGUUCAUCACGCUCCCAAACCACAAAACCCUAACCCUAACCCUAGACCCAUCCACCACCACCCUCCACUCCCUCAAGCUCUCCAUCCACCACCACACCCACAUCCCCACCCACCUCCUCCACCGCCUCUCCCUCUCCCACUCCCACCCUCUACCCCCUCAACACGACGCCGUCCUCCUCUCCCGCCUUCACGUCACCCCGCUCUCCACCCUCACUCUCCGCGUCCCUCUCCUCGGUGGAACCCAGCCUCCCUCCAUCCCUCCCUCCAAGCCCAAGCUCGAGUUCCUCAACUCCAAGCCCCCUCCCAACUAUGUCGCUGGUCUCGGCCGUGGCGCCACGGGAUUCACCACCCGAUCCGAUAUCGGACCCGCCCGCGCUGCCCCGGACCUCCCCGACCGAUCCGCCGCCACCGUCGGCGGGCCUCCCGGGCAGGGCCGGGGCCGCGGGAAGCCAGACGAGGACGACGACGGUGGCGACGACGCCGAAGACAAGGGGUAUGACGAGAACCAGAAAUUCGACGAGUUCGAAGGAAACGAUGUCGGUCUCUUUGCCUCCACCGAGUACGACGAGGACGACAAGGAGGCCGACGCCGUUUGGGAGGCCAUCGACAAGCGCAUGGACUCGCGCCGAAAGGACCGGAGGGAAGCCAGGUUGAAGGAGGAGAUCGAGAAGUACCGAGCUUCAAACCCGAAGAUCACCGAGCAGUUUGCCGAUCUCAAGAGGAAGCUGUACACUGUAUCGGCGCAGGAGUGGGAGAGCAUCCCCGAAAUCGGAGACUACUCACUCCGGAACAAGAAGAAGCGAUUCGAGAGCUUCGUCCCGGUGCCAGACACUCUUUUGGAAAAAGCUCGGCAGGAGAAAGAGCACGUCACCGCAUUGGACCCGAAGAGCCGUUCUGCCAGCGGCACCGAGACGCCCUGGUCGCAAACUCCGGUCACGGAUUUGACCGCCGUCGGCGAAGGAAGAGGCACAGUGCUGUCGUUGAAACUCGAUCGGUUGUCAGAUUCGGUGUCAGGACAAACCGUCGUGGAUCCGAAAGGCUAUCUCACCGAUUUGAAGAGCAUGAAGAUCACGAGCGACGCCGAGAUUUCGGACAUCAAGAAGGCUCGAUUGUUACUCAAGAGCGUGACGCAGACGAAUCGGAAUCACCCACCGGGGUGGAUUGCAGCGGCAAGGCUGGAGGAGGUCGCUGGGAGGAUUGCGGCUGCGAGGCAGCUGAUGCAGAAGGGCUGUGAGGAGUGUCCGAAUAGCGAGGACGUGUGGCUGGAGGCCUGUAGGCUGGCGACCCCCGACGAGGCUAAGGCGGUCAUUGCCAGAGGGGUGAAAAUGAUACCGAAUUCAGUCAAGCUCUGGCUGCAAGCGGCAAAAUUGGAACAUGACGAUGUGAACAAGAAGAGCAAGGUGUUGAGGAAAGGUUUGGAGCACAUACCAGACUCGGUUCGGCUCUGGAAGGCAGUGGUUGAGCUUGCGAACGAGGAGGACGCGAGGUUGUUGCUGCACAGGGCUGUGGAGUGUUGCCCCUUGCACGUGGAGUUGUGGUUGGCAUUGGCAAGAUUGGAGACGUAUGAGAGUGCGAGGAAGGUGUUGAAUAGGGCGAGAGAGAGGCUGACAAAGGAGCCUGCGAUUUGGAUAACAGCGGCGAAGUUGGAGGAGGCCAAUGGGAAUACGGGGAUGGUGGGGAAGAUCAUAGAAAGAGGUAUAAGGGCGUUGCAGAGAGAGGGGUUGGAGAUUGAUAGGGAGGCUUGGAUGAAGGAGGCCGAGGCUGCGGAGCGUGCUGGGUCCGUGGCGACUUGCCGGGCUAUUAUUGGGAAUACAAUUGGGAUUGGAGUGGAGGAGGAGGAUAGGAAGAGGACAUGGGUGGCAGAUGCGGAGGAGUGUAAGAAACGGGGGUCCAUUGAGACGGCUAGAGCUAUAUAUGCUCAUGCAUUAAGUGUGUUCUUGACCAAGAAGAGCAUUUGGCUCAAAGCUGCGCAGCUUGAGAAGAGCCAUGGGACUAGGGAGUCUCUUGAUGCUUUGCUUCGUAAGGCAGUUACUUACCGGCCACAGGCCGAGGUUUUGUGGCUUAUGGGUGCCAAGGAGAAGUGGCUUGCUGGGGAUGUGCCUGCUGCACGAGCAAUCCUGCAGGAAGCUUAUGCUGCGAUUCCCAAUUCGGAGGAGAUUUGGCUUGCGGCUUUUAAGCUUGAGUUUGAGAAUCAUGAGCCUGAGAGAGCUAGAAUGCUUCUUGCUAAGGCCCGAGAGCGAGGAGGGACGGAGAGAGUCUGGAUGAAAUCGGCCAUUGUGGAGAGAGAGUUGAAGAAUACUGAGGAGGAGAGGAGGUUGUUGGACGAAGGGUUGAAACGCUUCCCUUCGUUCUUCAAGUUGUGGCUGAUGCUUGGACAGCUAGAGGAGAGGCUUGGUCACUUGGAGAAAGCUAAGGAAGCUUACGAGUUGGGUCUGAAGCACUGCUCUAGUUGUAUACACCUUUGGCUUUCUCUUGCUAAUCUGGAGGAAAAGAUGAAUGGGCUGAGUAAAGCUCGAGCAUUCCUCACCAUGGCCAGGAAGAAGAAUCCCCAGAACCCUGAACUCUGGCUGGCGGCAGUUCGAGCUGAAAUGAGGCAUGGGAAUAAGAAGGAAGCUGAUAUAUUGAUGGCGAAGGCAUUGCAGGAAUGUCCCAAUAGUGGUAUUCUGUGGGCGGCUUCUAUUGAGAUGGUCCCCCGGCCUCAACGUAAAUCCAAGAGUAUGGAUGCUCUCAAGAAAUGUGAUCAUGAUCCCCAUGUCAUUGCUGCUGUAGCCAAGCUGUUCUGGCAUGACAGGAAGGUGGAUAAAGCUAGGACUUGGCUCAACAGGGCAGUGACGCUUGCGCCAGAUUUUGGUGAUUUCUGGGCAUUAUACUACAAAUUCGAACUUCAGCAUGGGAGUGAGGAGAACCAGAAGGAUGUGCUAAAGAGAUGCAUUGCUGCAGAACCUAAACAUGGUGAGAAAUGGCAAGCAAUUUCGAAGGCUGUGGAGAAUUCACACCAACCAACUGAAGCCAUCCUGAAGAAAGUAGUUGUUACACUUGGGAUGGAAGAGAGUGCAGCUGAGAAUAGAAUAGCAAACACUAGUUGUCAGUAAGCCUGUAGCCUUGCAAUCUUCUCUUCUUUUUAGGUACUCGAAAUGUGUAUUUAUGCAGAGAUAGACUUGGACUGUCCGCCUCUUAUCUAAAUUAGUCUGUGUUACUUAUACCUUAAAAGCUUUAAUGAUAAUAUCAUUUCCCCACAUAAAUGUUUUGAAGCACUGAAAUUGAUGAUUAAGCUUCGCUUAUGUCAAUUGUUUAAUUAUUACAGUGGAGCUUCUGUUAUUUUCCUCUA